AUGUUGGAAGCUAACGUUCCGGAAAUCAGCAUGUCUUCCGACAAGACUAAGGCUACAGUCCCACCUGAUUCCGAGAAACCGAUUCUGGUGGAUGCUGCAUGGCCAGAGGAGUGGAGGGAUGAUUAUGAAAAUCCUGAAGCCCACCGAGCCAAGGUGCUCGCUGACAUUGAGAGACGAUCGGCGUAUUGGCAAUCGCUUGGUGUGCCAUGCAUACGACUUUCUCCCGACAAAACCAAGAUAAUGCCCACCCAAUAUGUCAAUCCGGAAGCUGCCAAAAUCACCGGAGACAGGCUCGAUACCGCGUAUAUCACCUUGAAGAGAAAAAGCCGUCCCGGUCAGCACGAUGAAUCAACCUGCUGGGUCAUUGAAGACGGAGAACGAUACCCUCGAGCCCCUCUCGACUUCUACAAGAACGAGCGUGACAACCGACCUGUGGAGAGGGAUCCAUUGGCGCCGAUUGAUGUUGUUGACGAGUCGGGCAAUUCUGUUGAGACUCUGCACAUGCCUUUUACACGAGAACAAUUAGGCAACCAUGCAGAGCCUCUCUCGCUGGACGAGCUACUCAAGCAGCGAGACAAUCAAGAGCAGGAGGCCCCCGCGGGCGAUGUCCCAGCCAGUCCCAAGACCUCGGACGAUAAAGAGUGA